UCAUCCAUUAAAAACAAAUAACAUGUGUCCGCAAUUCAUGCGUUUGUUUUCAAUUUGUAAAUUAUUAAAAUUACGAUAAAUUAAAUAGACAACAAUGGAAGUUCCGGAAGAUAACGAUGAACAACAAAAUUCAGGUCCUGUUGAAAAUGCGUGGGCUAUGACAAUACCGAAAUUUAAACCGGAAGAUAACCCACACGGCCUGCUAGAGGAAAGUAAAUUUGCGACGUUAUUUCCAAAAUAUCGAGAACAAUACUUAAAAGAAUGUUGGCCCCUCGUCCAAAAGGUACUAAAAGAACAUCAUAUUGUUGCCGAGUUAGAUCUUAUUGAAGGAAGCAUAACGGUGAAGACUACAAGAAAAACUUGGGACCCUUACAUUAUCAUUAAGGCCAGAGAUUUAAUGAAACUUCUGUCACGAAGUGUUCCAUUCGAACAGGCAGUGAGAGUGUUAGAAGACGAAAUAGGAUGUGAUAUUAUAAAGAUUAAUUCCUUUGUCCGUAAAAAGGAGACAUUUUUGAAACGGCGCCAACGUUUGAUCGGGCCAAAUGGUGUUACUCUGAAGUCAAUAGAACUGCUAACAGAAUGCUACGUCCUUGUGCAAGGAAACACAGUGUCAGCAGUAGGACCCUAUAAAGGUCUUCUUCAAGUCAGACGAAUUGUUGAGGAUACUAUGAAAAAUAUACAUCCUAUGUAUAACAUUAAAAGCUUGAUGAUAAAACGAGAACUCAUGAAAGAUCCGAAAUUAAAAAAUGAGAGCUGGGAUAGGUUUUUGCCUAAAUUUAAAACCAAGAAUGUACCCCGCAAACAACCUAAAAAGAAAGUUAAGAAACCAUACACUCCAUUCCCUCCACCGCAACAAGAAAGUAAAGUUGAUAAAGAACUUGCAACCGGUGAGUACUUCCUCAAAAACGAGCAGAAAAAGGCUAAACGGCGUCAUGAGAAGGAAGAGAAGCAAGCACAAGCUAAACGGGCUCGUGAUGAACAGAGGCAGAAAGAUUUCAUACCUCCAGAAGAAAAACAGGCUGCACCUUCUACAUCAGAGGAAACUAGUAUUGAUAUUAAACAAUUAAAGGCAAAAAUGAAAAAGUUUUCAAAACAACACAAAAAUGUUAAAAAGAGUAAAACUGAUGGUUAAAAUAAGAUAAGCCAUUUUAUCUUGGAUUUUCAAAACAGGAUUUUAUUAUAAUAAAAUAAUAAGAGUGUAUUGAUCAUCAUCAGGUAAGCAGUUGUAACAGCUAUAAAAAAUAAGUUUUAACAUAAAAGUUACUUCUUGCUUAAAUUUAGUAACACUUUUGGUUAAUAUUCAUUACAAAAGUGAAUAUAUGCUACGAAGGGUAAAUAAAAUGCCAUAAAAAUU